UGCCUUGUACACCAUCCCUUUAAAUCCACCCCCUCUUCGCUUUCCUUCAAAAAUCGCACCACACCAGAAAUCUAUUUUCCAAUUCCAAUCUGUCUCCUCUUUCUUUCUCUCUCUCUCUCUGUUGCCCUCUCCAGGGUUCGCUUGGAUUAGGCAAAGAAGAAAUUACGGUUUGUUCCUUUUGUCGCGAUUAGCAAUAUAUUCUUGGUUGAUUCAUUGAUUUAUUGAAGGCUCGAAGGUUGCUAGAUUUGUAACCAUAAAUAUCUGAGGACUGGAUGUUCUAAUGGAGACUAAAGGUGGGAAGAAGAAGUCUAGCAGUAGUAAAUCCUUAUUUUAUGAAGCUCCUCUAGGUUACAGCAUUGAAGACCUUCGACCCCACGGUGGAAUCAAGAAAUUCAGAUCUGCUGCUUACUCCAACUGCGCUCGGAAGCCUUCGAUGGCUUUGCCAGUUUCACCUAUUGGAUUUGAAGGAUAUGAAAAGAGACUCGAGAUAUCGUUCUUUGAGUCUAGUAUCUUUGCUGACCCUAGAAGCAAUGGCCUCCGCUCUCUAUCCAAAUCCCAAUUGGAUGAAAUUUUAAACCCAGCUGAAUGCACCAUUGUCAGUUCAUUGGCAAAUGAUGAUGUCGAUUCUUAUGUUCUUUCUGAAUCAAGCCUCUUUGUGUACUCGUACAAAAUUAUCAUCAAAACUUGUGGGACUACCAAAUUGCUUCUCUCAAUUCCACCCAUCCUCAAGUUUGCUGAAAUGCUAUCUCUUUCUGUGAGAUCCGUGAGGUACACCCGCGGAAGCUUUAUAUUUCCUGGUGCUCAGCCAUUUCCCCAUCGCGACUUCUCUGAAGAAGUAGCUGUCCUUGAUGGCUAUUUUGGCAAGCUUGGUUCUGGAAGCAAGGCUUACGUGAUGGGUAGUGAUGAUGAAUCACGGAAAUGGCACAUUUACUCUGCUUCUGCUGAAUCGACAAAUCAUUUGCGCCCUGUUUACACCCUAGAAAUGUGCAUGACCGGUUUGGACAGGAAGAAGGCAUCUGUGUUUUACAAGACUUCUGCAAGCUCUGCUGCUGCGAUGACUGAUCUCUCUGGUAUUAGGAUGAUUCUUCCGGAUUCUGAUAUAUGUGACUUUGAAUUCGAUCCUUGUGGUUACUCCAUGAAUGCCAUUGAAGGGAGUGCAAUUUCUACUAUUCAUGUGACACCAGAAGAUGGGUUCAGUUACGCUAGUUUUGAAGCAGUGGGAUAUGAUUUUAAAUCGAUGAACUUGACCCACCUGCUGGAGAGGGUGUUGGCUUGCUUCCAGCCAAGCGAGUUCUCUAUCGCGUUGCAUUCUGAUGCUGUCGCUAACAAACUUAGUUCCGAUACGAGUCUGGAUGUGCAGGGAUACUACUGUGGAGAAAGGAGCUUUGAAGUGCUCGGCAAGGAGGGAGGUUCUGUUGUAUACCACAACUUCAUGAAGGCCGGUGGAUGUGGGUCUCCUAGGUCGAUUCUGCAUUGCUGUUGGAGUGAGAGUGACGAAGACGAGAAGAAGUAAGUAGAGAAGGAUUAUAAUACUCUGGGCAAGAUAAUUUGGUUUUUUGUUCCAUGUUUGCUUGUAUGUCUCUUAAUUUGUCUCUUUUAAAGAGUAUCUAAGUGCAAUAAUCGCGAUGAUAUCAUCGCUUUAUGAGUCAGUUGUUAGCAGUAUUGUUUGGUGCUGCUAAAUUUAUAUUCAAUUGUCAGUUGGAAUUUUUUUUUUUUUUUUAAAAUCUGGUGCGGUCCUGGACCUGUAAUUGGUUGUUUUUAAACUAUCAAUUUGUUUUUCUUAAUGCGUGCUAUAUAAUAUUUUUUGGGUCGAGUCUUA